AUGACUUGGGCUGACGUUCCUAUCGCUCCGGCGCCCGGCAUCUCCUACUUCACGCCGGCGCAGUACCCGCCUGCGGGCACUGCUCGCAACCCGCAGACCAGCGGCAAGCCAAUUCCUAAGCUGUUCAAGCCCUUGACCAUUCGUGGUCAAACUUUCCAGAAUCGCCUUGGUGUCGCGCCAAUGUGCCAGUACAGUGCCCAAGAUGGACACAUGACCCCUUGGCACAUGGCCCACUACGGUGGUAUCGCUCAGCGCGGUCCCGGCAUGAUUAUCAUUGAAGCUACCGGCGUCCUUCCCGAGGGCCGGAUCACUCCUGGAUGUGUGGGUCUCUGGAAGGAUUCCCAGAUCGCGCCUCUGAAGGAGGUCGUGGAGUUCGCCCACAGCCAGGGCCAGAAGAUCGGUAUCCAGCUGGCUCACGCUGGUCGCAAGGCCUCGACCGUGCCCCCAUGGUUGGGCGGUAUGACCGCCACCAACGCCGUGGGUGGCUGGACCGACAAUGUUAAAGCCCCCAGUGCUAUCCCCUUCUCUGAGAACGAUGUUGUUCCCAAGGAGAUGACCAAGGAGGACAUUGUAGAAGUCAAGAACGCUUGGGUCGCCGCCACCAAGCGCGCCUUGGCCGCCGGUGUCGACUUCAUCGAGAUUCACAAUGCUCACGGUUAUCUGCUGUCUUCCUUCCUCAGCACCUCGGCCAACCAGCGCACCGAUGAGUACGGUGGUAGCUUCGAGAACCGCAUCCGUCUCUCUCUCGAGAUUGCCCAGCUCACCCGUGACACCGUUGGUCCCAACAUGCCCGUCUUCCUGCGUGUCUCUGCUACCGACUGGCUCGAGGACAACGUUUCCGAGAGGCAAGGUUGGAGCCUGGAGGAUACCGUGGAAUUUUCCCGCGCGCUUGCCAAGCAGGGUGCUAUUGAUCUGAUUGACAUCAGCAGCGGUGGUGUUCACGCCGCCCAGAAGAUCACCUCGGGUCCUGCUUUCCAGGUGCCCUUCGCCGCGACCGUCAAGAAGGCUGUUGGUGACAAGCUCAUUGUGGCUGCCGUCGGCAUGAUCAACAACGGCAACACUGCCGAGAAGGCCCUCACUGAGGAUGAUAUUGAUGUGAUCUUGGUGGGACGCGCUUUCCAGCGUGACACUGGUCUGACCUGGGCCUUUGCCAAGGAUCUGGAUGUCGAGAUCGCCAUGGCCGGACAGAUCCGCUGGGGCUUUACCAGCUUCCGCAAUGCCUCGGAGUAUAUUCAGCCCAACUCCAUGAAGGCUUCCAUCUUUGAUUAA